CCCCGGCGCCGCCUCCUUCCCUCCCGGCUCCGCGCUUUCGCGGCCGCCGUCGCCCCGGGGAAGGAGAGACGGGGGUGGGGUUUGCGGGUAGUGAGAAAGGAGGGGAGAGACCCCGGCUGGCUGGACCCGGAUUCCUAGGGAAGAAGGACAGGGGGAGGGGAAGCUGGAGGACCGGGAGGGAGAACGGGGAGCAGCGGCCGGGCCUGGGGCCUUGAGGCCCGGGGAGAGCCGGGGAGCGGGACCGGGCGCCGAGCCCGUGCGGCUCCGCCCCCGCCUCCUCCGCGGGGCGCCCUCCGUGUCCCGAACCGGGCGGUCGGAGCCUGUGAGGCGCGCAGACCGAGGUCUGUCUGUCGGCUGGUCCAGGCCGCUGCCGGCGGGCUCCGCCGUGCUCUCACGGCCGCCGUUUCCUCAGAUGCUGCUGCUGCUGCUGGUGCCUCUCUUCCUCCGCCCCCUGGGCGCAGGCGGGGCGCAGACCCCCAACGCCACCUCGGAAGGUUGCCAGAUCAUACACCCGCCUUGGGAAGGGGGCAUCAGAUAUCGCGGCCUGACUCGCGACCAGGUGAAGGCUAUCAACUUCCUGCCGGUGGACUAUGAGAUUGAAUAUGUGUGCCGGGGGGAGCGCGAGGUGGUGGGGCCCAAGGUGCGCAAGUGCCUGGCCAACGGCUCCUGGACGGACAUGGACACACCCAGCCGCUGUGUCCGAAUCUGCUCCAAGUCUUAUUUGACCCUGGAAAAUGGGAAGGUUUUCCUGACGGGUGGGGACCUCCCAGCUCUGGAUGGAGCCCGGGUGGAUUUCCGAUGUGACCCCGACUUCCAUCUGGUGGGCAGCUCCCGGAGCAUCUGUAGUCAGGGCCAGUGGAGCACCCCCAAGCCCCACUGCCAGGUGAAUCGAACGCCACACUCAGAACGGCGUGCAGUGUACAUCGGGGCGCUGUUUCCCAUGAGCGGGGGCUGGCCGGGGGGCCAGGCCUGCCAGCCCGCGGUGGAGAUGGCGCUGGAGGACGUUAACAGCCGCAGGGACAUCUUGCCGGACUACGAGCUCAAGCUUAUCCACCACGACAGCAAGUGUGACCCAGGGCAAGCCACAAAGUACUUGUAUGAACUGCUCUACAAUGACCCCAUCAAGAUCAUCCUCAUGCCAGGCUGCAGUUCUGUGUCCACACUUGUAGCCGAGGCUGCCCGGAUGUGGAAUCUUAUUGUGCUCUCCUACGGCUCCAGCUCACCAGCCCUGUCAAACCGGCAGCGUUUUCCAACGUUCUUCCGAACACAUCCGUCCGCCACACUCCACAAUCCCACCCGGGUGAAACUCUUUGAAAAGUGGGGCUGGAAGAAGAUUGCCACCAUCCAGCAGACCACAGAGGUCUUCACCUCAACGCUAGAUGAUCUCGAGGAACGAGUAAAGGAGGCUGGGAUCGAGAUCACCUUCCGCCAGAGUUUCUUCUCAGAUCCAGCUGUGCCUGUUAAAAACCUGAAGCGUCAAGAUGCUCGGAUCAUCGUGGGACUUUUCUAUGAGACUGAAGCCCGGAAAGUUUUUUGUGAGGUCUAUAAGGAACGGCUGUUUGGGAAGAAGUAUGUCUGGUUCCUCAUCGGGUGGUAUGCUGACAAUUGGUUCAAGACCUAUGACCCGUCAAUCAACUGUACAGUGGAUGAGAUGACUGAGGCGGUGGAGGGCCACAUCACCACUGAGAUCGUCAUGCUGAACCCUGCCAACACCAGAAGCAUUUCCAACAUGACCUCCCAGGAAUUUGUGGAGAAACUAACCAAGAGGCUGAAAAGACACCCUGAGGAGACUGGAGGCUUCCAGGAGGCACCACUGGCCUAUGAUGCUAUCUGGGCCUUGGCUUUGGCCUUGAACAAGACCUCCGGAGGAGGUGGCCGGUCGGGCGUGCGUCUGGAGGACUUUAACUACAACAACCAGACCAUCACAGACCAAAUCUACCGGGCCAUGAACUCCUCAUCCUUUGAGGGUGUUUCUGGCCAUGUGGUCUUUGAUGCCAGUGGCUCCCGGAUGGCGUGGACACUCAUCGAGCAGCUGCAGGGUGGCAGCUACAAGAAGAUUGGCUACUACGACAGCACCAAGGAUGACCUUUCCUGGUCCAAAACAGAUAAGUGGAUUGGAGGGUCUCCCCCAGCUGACCAGACCUUGGUCAUCAAGACAUUCCGCUUCCUGUCACAGAAACUCUUUAUCUCCGUCUCAGUUCUCUCCAGCCUGGGCAUUGUUCUCGCUGUUGUCUGUCUGUCCUUUAACAUCUACAACUCCCACGUUCGUUAUAUCCAGAACUCCCAGCCCAACCUGAACAAUCUGACUGCCGUGGGCUGCUCACUGGCACUAGCUGCUGUCUUCCCCCUUGGGCUGGACGGGUACCACAUAAAGAAAGGCCAGUUCCCGUUUGUCUGCCAGGCCCGCCUUUGGCUCUUGGGCUUGGGCUUCAGUCUGGGCUAUGGCUCUAUGUUCACCAAGAUCUGGUGGGUCCACACCGUCUUUACAAAGAAGGAGGAGAAGAAGGAAUGGAGGAAGACUCUAGAGCCCUGGAAACUGUAUGCCACUGUAGGCCUGCUGGUGGGCAUGGAUAUCUUGACUCUUGCCAUCUGGCAGAUUGUGGACCCCUUGCACCGAACCAUCGAGACUUUUGCCAAAGAGGAACCAAAGGAAGACAUCGAUGUAUCCAUCCUGCCCCAGCUGGAACACUGCAGCUCCAGGAAGAUGAAUACAUGGCUUGGCAUUUUCUAUGGUUACAAGGGGCUGCUGCUGCUGCUGGGAAUCUUUCUUGCUUAUGAGACCAAAAGUGUUUCCACUGAAAAGAUCAAUGACCACAGGGCCGUGGGCAUGGCUAUCUACAAUGUUGCGGUCCUGUGUCUCAUCACUGCUCCUGUCACCAUGAUUCUUUCCAGCCAGCAGGACGCAGCCUUUGCCUUCGCCUCUCUGGCCAUCGUGUUCUCCUCCUACAUUACUCUGGUUGUGCUCUUUGUGCCCAAGAUGCGUAGGUUGAUCACCCGAGGGGAAUGGCAGUCCGAAGCCCAGGACACCAUGAAGACAGGGUCAUCCACCAACAACAACGAGGAAGAGAAGUCCCGACUGUUGGAGAAAGAGAACCGUGAAUUGGAAAAGAUCAUUGCUGAGAAAGAGGAGCGUGUCUCUGAACUGCGCCAUCAGCUCCAGUCUCGGCAACAGCUCCGCUCACGGCGCCACCCCCCAACACCCCCAGACCCCUCUGGGGGCCUCCCCAGGGGACCCUCGGAGCCCCCUGACCGACUUAGCUGUGAUGGGAGUCGAGUGCAUUUGCUUUACAAGUGAGGGGGUAUCAAGAAGGAUAAGGCCAGUAGGGGAGGGAAGGGUGUGGGAAGAGGGUGGGGGACUGGGAGGAGGGCAAGGACUCCUAUCUCCAACUGGGAGAACAUGCUCCAAUCCCCCUCUUAUAAAUAUAUGUCACUCUGUGCGUUUGGAGUUAUUUGGGUCUCCAAUACUCUGGGAACCAGACUGUUUUCUCUCUUAUUCAUUCAUAUAAUUUUGUAUCGCUACUUCACAGUUUGGUUUGAACCCUGCUUGAAGCUAUUCACUUGUAACCCCAGAGGGGCAGCUCACCAUAUUUUUCUCCCACAUCCUGUCUCAUACCCCAUCCUCCAAGUGUGGUGUUUCCAGAGUGCUUUCUCAUGCACCAUUACUUGUGCUCGCUGAAUACCCUGCACCUGUGAGUGACAGUGGUUGUGGAUAUGCGCUGUGGUGUGCUUGGGUAAGUGUGUGUGAUGUGUUGGGCACACUACGCUGUCUUCCUCAUGUGCACACAUCACGCCUUUCUGUGCUGUGGUGUGCUCGGGUAAGUGUGUGUGAUAUGUGUAACACACUAAGCUGUCUUCCUCGUGUGCACACAUCAUGUCUUUCUGUGCUGCGGUGUGCUCCGGUAAGUGUGUGUGAUACAUUGAGCACACUAAGCUGUCUUCCUUGUGCAUGCCACAUCUUUCUGCAUUUUACCUGUGCCACCCAGUGCAUUGCAUAUUGACUUAUUUGCACCUUAACAUCAUGUGUAUGUGUGUUUCCCUGGCUGUCUUAAUGGCAGUUCUCUGUCUUACUCCACUUUCUGAGUUGUCUGCCUCCCUGAUGUCAUGUCUUUUCCCACCAGAGUCAUGUGCACCCAACAUGCACAUGUUAAGCACAUUCUCCCCAGUUCAUUUGUGUUCUGGGCCAUCCAUCCCUCUCCUUGGCAUUAUGUUUCCUCUCAAUGUUCCCUGGAUUCUUUGCUCUCAUGUGUACCACCCUCUGUCUGUACUCAUAAUUAUCUCUCAAGAUUUCAUUUUAGUUUUCUUUUCUUUAUUGUCAUUAUUGUUAUUUUUCAGAAGUAAGGGAAAAGAAAUGGGUACAGAUUGGAGGCUGUUUUCAGUGGAUAGUAGGUCCACAUCCUAACCAAAUGAAGGUGUGGACAGACGGACUGAAGGGACAGGAGGCAGUGUCCCUUUCACACUGUGUUGUGUCUUGGAGAAGGAUCUCCCUGAAUCUCAAUAAACCAGGGAACAGUGUGACUCAGCACCUCACCCCCAGCCAGUGAACUGAUUGGACGCCAGGCCAGGAAGGGAGAAGCCCAGGUUCUCAGGCUUGCAGCUAAUGAAGAGGCUUUGAAGUGGAGAGGCGCAAAGAGAUCCAUGCAGGAUUUGGCAGGGCAAAGCAGGACAAGAUCAAGGCCCUGAUUAGUGGGUGAUGACGUUGGUGGUUAAAAUGUGGGCUCUGGAGUCAGACUGCCAGCGUCAGGCCUGCACCGCGUGCAGAAAUGUCUCCUAAUCUCUCUCCUCCACGUUUGGGAAUCUGGUAAUAACAGUAAUGACGAUGCAUUUCUCCAUGGAGUGCAUACAAGAGCUAGGAUAAUUACACUUUCCGGUGCCUGGAUCUGCUUGGGCCGUGGAAGCCUUUGUUACAGCUGCUUCCUGGAUUCCCCGACAGUGGUGGCCAUGGUCUGAGGUCCUGGAGCAGUUGGCUGAGCAGAAAUCACAACUGAACAAUGGCUGCCAGGUUCUAGAUAAGUGCCUCCAGACUUCAAAAUCAUCAUCUAAGGGAGUCUGAGUAUCUUGGGAAGAUUUUUUUGAUCAAGCUGAAAGUUUGAAAAGCUGGGAAGAAGAAAAAACAUGAAUGGAUAUAUAUCCUUUUGGCAUUUUUUGAAGCUAUUCAUGUGCUAGUUUGUUUUGUUUUAUGAUGAUGGCUCUUCCCAUCUCAGCAUGAUCUACAAGGGUUAGAGGGGCCCUGUCAUUUCACUGUCCUAUUUAUGGCAGGGUAAAUCUUAGGCCCCCUUUGAAAACAACCCAUAGUGAUUAUCUACCUUGGACUGAUUGGAUUUAAUUUGAGUUCCCUUCUUCCUGCAGUGGAAUUUUUUCAGAGAAAGGAGAGGAGGCCUGUGGAGUAGAGAAACCAGCAGUGUAGAAAUUAAUAGUUGGCUUCAGAAACUAUCGCCCAAGGCACCGACCAGCUCUGGGUAGACCAAUGUUAUCCAAUAUUAUCCCUCUCAGAACUGCAUUGCACAUCAGUGGGGUGUGAAUAGUACAGUAAAUCAAGGGUCAGAAGUUCCAUUAUAGCCAAGGGUGAGACAGACUCUGUAGCAAGAGUGCAGGAUCCCAGCCAAAUGGCAGAGCUGACAGAAAUGUUGCAGGGGGCCACUUGUUCAUCCCGGCCACCCAGAACCAAAAUAAUCACACAGAACCUGUAUUAAUUAAAUCACCGCUUGGCCCAUUAGCUCUAGCUUCUUAUUGGCUAACUCUCACAUAUUAAUUUAACCCAUCUCUAUUAAUCUGUGUGUCUCCAUGCGGCUGUGGUUUAGCAGGUAAAGUAUCGGCUUCUCUCUCCAGUGGGGCUACAUGGCUUCUCUCUCCCAGCAUUCAGCUUAGUUUUCCCCACCUAGCUCUGUUCCCCUAUAGCUCUGCUAUAGUUCCUUUAUUAACCAAUGGUAAUCACUGCUUACAGAGGGAAAUCCUGCCUCACCCCCCCUUUUCUGUUUAAAUAAAAAGGAAGGUUUUAACUUUAAUACAGAAAAAAUACAUAUAGAAAAACAGGUGUCAAGCAAGAAUUACAGUUAUAAUAUUUAUAUCUACUUUAUCUUUUAUUAUAACUAAGGGAAACUAUAACUAUAAAUUCUUCAACCCCAUCAAAGACUCCAGAAGAGUAUAAUACAUAAGUAAACAGGAAGUGCAUUGUAAGCAACUUCUAAAACUCUAGAAUUGACAGAGACUUCUGGCUACCUGGACAGUCACCCAAAGUUCUUCUGUACCAUUGGGGCAUCCAUCUAGCAGACUUUUUCAUGAAGCAGGAACCCUGAAGGAUGGUCUUACCUUUAGACAAGUUCAGCAGUCUAAAUGGCUUGCCCAAAUGGCUAACCAACUUCAUAAGGAGCCUCUUCGAUGCCGAUCUUCCUCUUCAAGUAAUUGGUGCUGCCAGGAAAAGAUGUGUCUCAUUGUCAUGAAAAGUUCUAUUUUUUUUUAAGAUAUAUUUAUUUAUUAUGUAUACAACUUUCUGCCUCCAUGUAUACCCACAUGCCAGAGGAGGGCGCCAGAUCUCACCACAGAUGGUUUGGAGCCACCAUGUGGUUGCUGGGAAUUGAACUCAGGACCUCUGGAAGAGCAGACAGUGCUCUUAACCAUUGAGCCAUCUCUCCAGCCCCUAAGUUCUGAAACAUUUUAAAUGCAAUAUUCUGUAGUCUUUGAAAGGUUUGAAGAAUGCAUAUCCAUCUGAAAUACAUUUCUGUACAUCUGGAAAAACUAACAUGACUACAAACUUGAUGAUUAUCUAUUAACCUAUAUUUCCUAAUUAUACAUUAUAUUUUAAAUGAACCACACAAUUACAAUACCUUAAUCAAGAGCAGAAAUAUACAUAUGACAAAAUUGACUUUAAGUUUGUAUCAAUAAACCAAGAUCCAUACCAAUGCAAAUCUCUAUAGCAUAUCCCCCUUUAAAUGUAAAAGAACAUUUUAUUUUUUAAAAAUAUUUAUUUAUUAUGUAUACAAUAUUCUGUCUGUGUGUAUGCCUGCAGGCCAGAAGAGGGCACCAGACCCCAUUACAGAUGGUUGUGAGCCACCAUGUGGUUGCUGGGAAUUGAACUCAGGACCUCUGGAAGAGCAGGCAAUGCUCUUAACCUCUGAGCCAUUUAUCCAGCCUGUAAAAGAACAUUUUAAAUAAUAUUUGGGAAUAUGGGUGUAAUUCUCCAAAACUGCUUCCUGC